AUGGGGUUGAUGAUGGCGAAAGCGCUGGAAGCCAACGGUGCCAAAGUCUUCAUUCUCGGACGACGGCUGGAAGUCCCCCAAGAGGCAGCCAAGCAAUCAGACGACCUCCAAAAUGCGGUCGAUUACAGCGCCAACGAGGACGGCUACGUAAACCUUCUCGUGAAUAACGCGGGGAUUGCGACGCCGAAUCUCGGGCCGCACGCCUCACGCCGCAAUGCAAAGCGGGACGUCUCCGCGGUGCGGAAGUACUGGUUCGACAAGUCGUUUGCGGACUACGCCAAGGUACUGGAGGCGAAUACGAUCGCACCCCUGCAAGUGUCGUUUGCGUUCCUGGAGCUUCUGGACCAAGGGAACAAGGUGCGCGCCGAUCAGGCCGAAAAGGCGAAAGGGAGGAAGGACUACGUGCGCAGCCAGGCGGUGAUGCUCAGCAGUGUCGGUGGUUUCGGACGAGACAAUUCGGCGUUUAUCUACGGAGCCAGCAAGGCAGGGACGACGCAGAUGACCAAGAACCUGUCGACGUAUCUGAUUCCGUGGAAGGUCAGAGCGAACGUCAUUGCGCCCGGAUAUUUCCAUACAGAGAAGACGGAAGACUUCUACAAGAGCACUGGGGGAAAACUGCCUGCUUCCAUGGCACCGGAGGAGCGAUUUGGUGACAUCCAGGAGAUUGGAGGAACGAUCCUCUACCUGGCUUCGAAAGCGGGGGCGUACUGCAACGGCUCUGUGAUGUUGGCUGACGGCGGAUAUUUGGGUAAUCAUCCCAGCGCCUAUUGA